AUGUUCAUUUCCUCGAGCUUGGAGUACUUAAAAUCGCGGCUGGGCAUAGCGAAGAUCCUACAAGCAAUUUGCGCGCUUGUUACAAUCAUUCUACUGGCUAGGUUUGCCCGGUAUGAUGGUCUCGGCGGAGUGAGAUUUCUUUAUCACAUUUCUAAGUUCUCACUCGCGUUUUCCUGUCUUGGUCUCACAUUCUUCGGAUCAAAACUCCACGAAAAAUGGGAAUUCUGCAGCAAGAUUCCCUGGCACAUGGUCGACCUAGUCGUCCCUAUCUUCAUGGUGAUCCUUGUCGCCACUGGUUCAAUCAUCGCACUUAUUAACACUGCCGUCUCUUUCGGAAAGGGAGACGUUGGCAAUGUCCGGGUUAAUGUCGGCAGCUCCAUUGGCCUGGUCAACGCGGCUGCGUGGGGAUUGAAUGUUUUCUUCCGCUGGGCGCUCAAUAAAGAAAUGUCCUGA